AUGUUCCCUGUGUCUCUGAUGCUGCUUCUCCCUGAGCUUCUGCUCGUGUUAUGUUCCUCUGAAGAUGACCAACACAUUUGCACAGAGAAAUCUGUGGCACACAGCAGGGGAGAUGUGGUGAUUGCAGGGUUUUUCCCCUUUUAUUCUUGGGAAUGGCUUCAAAACAUUAAUGACCUUGUCGUGCAGCAACAGAGCAUUCAGAUGAACUUAAAGAAAUACCAAUUGCUUCUUACCCUGGUGCUUGCAGUGGAGGAGAUCAACAAGAAUCCCCAUCUGCUACUCAACAUGACUCUGGGGUUUGAGAUCUAUAGUGCACAUUGCAGAGAUACUGAUCUAUUAGAGGAUGUACUCAUCUGGCUGUCUGGAAAGAAUAAAAACAACCCUAAUUACACCUGCAAAAGAGACAGCAAAGCUUUAGCAGUACUCACAGGAACCUCAAGCACAUCUGUCCCAAUUGGGACACUGCUGGACCUCUACAAACUUCCACAGUUCACCUUUGGGUCUUUUGAUCCUCUCCUGAGUGACCAUGGAAAGUUUGGUACUAUCUAUCAGAUGGCUGCCAAGGACUCAGCUCUGGCCCUUGCUAUGGUCUCUUUGAUGCUUCACUUCAGUUGGACCUGGGUGGGACUGUUCAUCACCGAAGAUGACUAUGGUGUGUGGUUCCUCUUAGAAUUGAGAGAUGAGAUGGACAAGAAUGGAGUCUGUUUGGCCUUUGAGAACAUGAUCACUUAUCAUACCAUUUCAGAUUUAUCAAAUGAUCUAUCCAUACAUCGCCAGCUAAUGGAAUCAUCAACCAAUGUGAUUAUCAUUUAUGGGGACAGUAAACUUCUCUUAAGCUUUAUUCUUAAAUUAGGGCACUUUUUAAUUAUAGGGAAAGUCUGGGUCAUGAACUCACCCUAUGAUGACGUGACCAUUGAUACCUUGUCCAAGAACUCAGGAGAUAAUUCCCUUCCCAGGUCAUGGAUUCAGUCUGUUUAUUGCCUACUGAUUAAGUCUGACUGCAGAGACUUGGGGCACUGCUCAUACAACGCUACACUCCAUUGGUUGCUGAGACACAUUUUUGAUAUGACCAUGUCAGAAGAGAGUUACAACAUCUAUAAUGCUGUGUAUGCCUUGGCCCACGCCCUCCACCAGAUGGUUCUUCAUCACAUGGAACAGCUACCAGUGCACAUUGCUCAACCAAGAGCAUUUCUCUCUUCACAGCUGCAUCCCUUUUUGAAGAAGAUCCAAUUUACCAAUCCUGUUGGAGACCAAGUGAUUUUGAAUGAGGAAAGGAAAUUGGAGGCAGAGUAUGACAUUAUGAGCUUUUGGAAUUUUCCUGACGGUCUGGGACAAAGUGUAAAAGUUGGCAAGUUUUCUUCAUUUAGUCCACGUGAUCAACAACUGACUUUGUUUGAAAAUCUGAUAGAAUGGCCCAUAGGAAUUACCAAGACUCCUAGGUCUGUUUGCACUGAGAGCUGUGGUCCUGGAUUCAGGAAGACCUCUCUGGAGGGAAAUGCUGUCUGUUGCUUUGACUGCACUCCUUGCUCAGAGAAUGAGAUUUCUAAUGUGUCAGACAUGGAGCAGUGUGUGAGGUGUCCAGAUUAUCAGUUGGCCAACACCGAGAGAAACACCUGCCUCUUGAAAACUGAGAGUUUCCUGGCUUAUGAAGACCCCUUGGGCAUGUCUCUUGCCUGCACAGCUCUCUGUUGCUCUGCACUCACAGCUGCGGUUCUUGGGGUAUUUAUCAAGCACCAAGACACCCCCAUUGUCAAGGCCAAUAACCGGGCCCUCAGCUACAUCCUGCUCAUCUCCCUAACCUGCUGUUUCCUCUGCUCCUUGCUCUUCCUUGGCCGUCCACACACAGCCUCCUGCAUCCUCCAGCACACCACAUUUGCAGUGGUCUUCACUGUGGCUGUCUCUACGAUCCUGGCCAAGACCAUCACCGUGGUUCUGGCCUUCACACUCACUGCUCCAGGGAGAAGCAUGAGGCAGUGGCUGGUGUCCCAGGCUCCUAAGCUCAUCAUCCCCAUCUGCACUCUCAUCCAGGUGACUCUCUGUGGCCUCUGGCUGGGAAUCUCUCCUCCCUUUGUGGACAGAGAUGCACACUCUGAACAUGGCCAUGUUAUCAUCCUGUGCAACAUGGGCUCCCUCACUGCUUUCUACUGUGUCCUGGGAUACCUGGGCUUUCUGGCCUUGUCCAGCUUCACCAUGGCUUUUCUGGUCAGGAAUCUGCCUGACACCUUCAAUGAGGCCAAGUUCCUUACCUUCAGCAUGCUGGUAUUCUGCAGUGUGUGGCUCACCUUCCUGCCUGUCUACCACAGCACCAAGGGGAAGGUCAUGGUGGCCGUGGAGGUCUUCUCCAUCUUGGUCUCCAGUGGAGGUCUCCUGGGCUGCAUCUUUGCCCCCAAGUGCUACAUCAUCUUGAUAAGACCUGAGAGAAAUUCUCUGUCCAGGUUCAGGGAGAGAUCAUAG